UUAAGGUUUAAGCGUGUUUUUUUUUGUGAACAGUUUGUUUGAUUUAAGAUUUGAAUAUUUCAAUAAAAUGAUUACAAGAGCAAGAGUUCAGAGAAUGGAAGACAUUCUGAAGGAUAGUCCUGAUCCUAUCAAAAUUGUAUCAGCACCUAAAAUCACAAAAAAGAAGGUGCCGAAUAAAACAGCAUCAGUAAUUCCUGAGCCUGAGGAAAAGAGUAUGAAGAACACUAUUGAAAGUACCAUAAAUGAAGUGACAGUAGCAAGUAAGGAUACAAAAAAAAAGAAACCUGAAGUGAAACCUAUAAUUCCAAAAGGCAAGCCAAAAUCCGGAAGAAUAUGGAAAAGUGAGAAGAAAAAAUUUUCUUCUAUAAUCAAGACUAAAGGAAUCCGUAACUCUUUUGAGAAGAAACAACUCUUGAGACAGAAACUGAAGGACAUCAAAGAAUUAUCAAAAUCUAUCAAGAGUGCCAAAGAGGAAGAGAAUGAAGCAAGAAAGCAGAGAAGGCGUGAGAAUUUGAAAAGGCAGGAGGAGAACAGAAAGAGGUCAGAAGUUGUGCAGGUUAUCACCAACACAAAAAAGCUGAAAAACAUCAAGAAAAAGCAUUUGAGGACUAUUGAGAAGAGGGACACAACUGUGGUUUCAAAAUAAGGCUGUUUUUUUAUUGUGCUUCUGUAAAUAAGAGACAUAAAUUCAGUAGGUACUCAAGUUUAAUUCAUAAAAAAAAUCCUAAAUGCUACAUUCUGAAGAUGCCAAAUUUAGUGUCUUUGGAUUCACUAUUAAGAGCUGCUGCCAAACUCAAACCCAAGACUUUCCUUGUAUCCUUUGGGUCAAUUAUACCAUCAUCCCAAAUCCUGAACAAAACAAAGUAAAUCAAAUUAUUUCCUAAAAUCAACAAGAAGUAUGGUUUAUUUAUAAUUUUUUCAUAUUUAAGUGAGGU